GAAUAUCGCGCUGCGCAAGCGGUCGACGACUCUUAUCUCGCGCGUCGCAUCUCCAAUUGAAGUAUCUGCGGAUAAGCUUCGCAGUGCCAACUCGGGUCUGCUGCACCAACCUCUCGAUCCAGCUCACACGUGCUUCGUCUUUAAAGGAAUCGAAGCGUCGCCGGGAAUUUCGCAAACGGAGGAAUCGCUGUGCUGAGGCGUCAGUCAUGUCGCGAAGCUCGGCACCUGUCCUCCCAACGGCGCGACUGCUGCUGUCGUUGCUGCUUAUCGACGCGUCCUCGGCGCAGACAGUGCUGGACAUCGGCUGCCGCGCGCAAAGCUGCGCUACGCUGGACGUGACUCUGCUGCAGGAGUACGUGACCGGGCUGCGGCAGCUGAACGACACGGAUCAACGGCCCCGGGACGAGCUUUCCGCCGACGAGCUUGGAUUGCUGCCUUUCGGUGCCCUCGACUCCGAUUGGGAGCGACUGAUGCUACUGCAGGACAGCCAGCCAGAAGGAACAGUGCUGCGCGACAACCUGCUGCGGCUUUCGAGGCUCGUGCUUGCGGCCUACUUUCAUAGCCAGGACCUCGGAGUUGCGGGCGAGAAGACUGACUCGAGCGCAGUCCCGGAAGCCGAAGAUCAACAGGCGAGUAACGCAACGCUGGGCUCAGCGGGCCAGAAUUCAGGAAGCGCCCGGAUUGACGCGAGCCCCAGCCAGAGCGACAGUGCCGCCUACAACAAUGGGGAGGAGGCGUCCGCGAGCUCCGAAAAGUUUGCAGGAAACGACGAGGAGGACCCGUCAGCGACGACGUCUUAUUACGCCGACUCAACCUCGGCAAAUUUCAAUCAGGCUUUUUCCACUCCCGCCAGCCUCGAUAACGAGGCGAGCGGAAGCAAGUCAAACGAAACUUCGCUCGCCGCCGCCGCAGCCGACAAUGAAGAUGAAUCGACGAGGGAAACUUGGCCCGAGUCUUUCUCCUACUCCUCGUCCCCGGCGCUAGAGCGAGUGUCGAGCAGCCCCGAGAGCAACGAGGCCGUCCACCCGCGCAGCGAGGAGGACUUCCUCCACUCGAGGUACGCGUCCAAAGAGGCCCGGCGCGAGGACGACGAGCUGGUGGCGAGAUUCUUCGCGGAGGAGCACGACGACAGCAACGGCUCCAUGGAGGACCUCCUUGCGCUGAUGGAGCUCGAGGAAGCCGAGCUGCUGGCGAACCAAUCGACCUCGGAGCCGCCGCCGCCGCUAACCAGCGCCGACGACAACGACUCCUUCGAGUUCAACGCGACCAGAAGCCUCGAGUCUCUGCUCGACGCUAUGGAGGGGCUGAACGAGAGCAGCAGCGCGAGCUCCGACGAUCCCGAGCUGACGAGUUCGCAGGAGCUGCUGGAGCUGAUCGACGGACUGAGCGCCGAGGAUAAUCCGACGACUCCAUUGCUCCAGAUGAUUUCCGGCAAACUUUCCGCGGAGACGGCGUCGUAUUCAAAUGAAGCCAGCACCACCGACUCCGGGGAGAAUGGAAGGACCGAUCGAUCCGAGGAGUACAGCGAUACCACGCUCCCGGGCUUAUCCCCCACGACGGACAAAGCCUCGAGCGAGAAUCACACGAGAGAGCUCGAGGAGACGCCUACGACGACUGUCGACGCUCUCCCAGCUGAUUGGGCCUCGACGUUGACGAUCGACGCCACGCCGGGCUCGUAUGGAGCGAAUUCCGAGCCCCGGCAGCCCGGAAAAAUCCUGGCGAUUUUCCGGCACAGCCAAGCAGCCGGCGCCAGCAGCAGCAACAGCAGCAGCAACAAAUUAACCUGGCCAACGGAGGUCGCGUCGAGCGAAGAGGAGUCGACCUCGCUUAAUCCCACGUCUUCGGAGAAAGGGAUGGAUCGGCAGCCCGAAAUUGCCGGGAUGAAUAAACGGAAGCGCGGCGGCGGUGGCGAACCGCUGCUAUAGAGACGUCGAGAGGCAAUAUCGAACUUCUCGAGCCGGGCAAACGCAAUUUGCCGAAAAAAGGCGCGCCUCGCUCUCUCUCUCUCUCUCUCUCUCUUUCUCUCUCACCGGAGCUAGCUUAUCCCCGCUGCAGCUCCGCACCGGGGGCUUUUUUAACUUUGCGCUCUCUCGACGUUCCCCGGCGAGUAAUUUAUUAUAACGUUUGAAAAAGUUCGGAUUAGAUCUCACUCUCCGGCGUGUACAUUCACGCGCGACGAGUCCCGAUCAAUUAUUACCUGUAUAUAUAGAAGAGAGUCAGCCUCAUACGUUGAACCAGUGCUAUUUCGGGUUAGAGACGAAAAUACGAGGCAAAUCGAACUCGUUUGCGUCCGCUGCUGCUCUCACACACCGAGGAAUGAAAAAAAUCCGAAAGACGCGAAGAAGACACGGCAAUCGCGUCGAGCGAGCGAAUUUCCAAAGCCUUUUCUACACUCGAAGCCAAUCCACGACAAAGCGCGCGUAAUAUUCGCGCGCGUAGCCGAUAAAUUUUGAAAAAACCCCAACGCCGACGACAAUAAUAAAUUCCGCGGAUCGAAAAGCGCGUCAAAAAAGCUGCGCGCGAGCGAGAGAGCGUUCGGAAAAAUUUAAUAAAAGGCAUAAAGCAAAGCGGCCGCUAUGGAAAAUCGCCCCGCAGCCGCGGGCAGGCCAAUAAAAUUUCGCGCCCAUUGCUCGGCGACGACGUUGAGACUCGUAUUCGCGCGCACUGCACGUCAGUCAAUGCACUGCAUACGUAUACGCGAAGACUGCGCGAGCGCGAGGGAAGUAGCUAUAUAUAAUACGUACAACACGUAUAGAGUCGUGGCGGCGCCGCUUUAUACUCUCUCCCUCUCUCUCUCUCUCUCUCUCUCUCUCUCUCUCUCUCUCUCUCAGGAUCGAGUAUAUUUUUAUGAUUUCGCAGACCAGAUGAGGAGGAGAGCCGAGAGAUCGCUAUAUACCGCAGCGAAGAGUGCAUAGGAGAGGAUCCCCGGCUCUCUUAUACGCUCUCUCACUCUCCCUUUUUAUUAUUACAUCGCGCGAUUCCCGUGGCAAAUAAUGAAUUCAUAACCAGUGUGCAGCAGCGCCGCCGCCGCGUGUCGAUUACUUUGCCGCGAGAAAGAGAGCGAGGGAGCCCGGACUUUACGACUGGCCGUAACCGGAUUUCCGGAUUAUUGAAUAUGCGAUGAGAGCAGCUCUCUCUCUCUCUAUAUAUAUAUAUAUAUAUAUAUAUAUAUCCCGCGGCGGCGCUGGUGGUGGGGGCGGCGAUCGAAUCAGUUUCGGAAUUCCCCGGCGCUGGCUCUUGAAAAUUCGGGCGACGCGGGAAUUUUUACGGCGGAAUGUGUGCCGCGGAGUUCGCUUCACGGCUCUCGGCUUGCCGCAAUGUCUAUUAUGUAUAAGAGACUCUAUCCUCUGCGUCGUCGUCGAGUCUUGUUCUUGUAUGUAUCGGAGUCGGCUCUUUUUGCUAUGUAGCCAAGGCCUCGCGUCUCGCCUUUUAUGGUUUAUGGUUCGCAGGUGACCAAAGACGCGUAUAGCAUAAAUGCGCUUUACGAGAAUCCGCCGCUAGUUUAUGAUGUCGUUUAUAGAAGCGACUUUAUUGUCCGCGCGGGGAUAAGGGUAAAUUGAGAACAGGGCAGAGUGAGAGAGAGAGAGAGAGAGAGAGAGAGAGGGGGGGGGGGGAGGAUGCAUGGCGAUCAGGAUAGACGAACGCAGCAGCUUCGCCGCGUUAUCAUUGUAUGAGAUUAUUGCGUCUGCGUUGAUUGCUUGGAAAAUUGACGCCGUUAGAAAUUUUACCUACCCUAUUCUCUCGGUCUCCUACUCCCGCGCUUUCAGGAAGGAUGAAUUUUUUACUGUCGUAAUGUUGUAUAGAAAAAUGUGAAGCGCGAGAACGCACGCGCGUGUAUGAUGUUUUGUUCUAAGUAUAAGUGUAUAAUGUUUAACUUCGUAUGUGUAAGCGAAAUAUUAAUAAUUUUACGCAGGCGGAAGGUGAAAAAGCUUGGAAACGGUUGUAUGGAAAGCAAACAGCAUCGGUAUAACACGUAAGCCAAUAACAUACGUUGAUUAUUUCGCGUAGUUAUCCGAUAGGCUUUUAUUUGAAAACGCGUCCGUGCAGUUAUUUUCAUAUACUCCGUUUCCAAGAUAAAUAUGUAUGCGAAAACGGUGAGAAACAAAAAUGUCGGGACACGACUUAUUUUUCAAAUUCCAUACAUAUGCACGUCCAAAACAAUGCAAACCCGCUUUCCAACGCGCAAAAAGUGCUUUCCUCGCAUAUGCGUCUGCACCGAAUGUACUACAUCGGAACACGACCGUCAGCGCUGCAGAGCUUACAUUGUAAAUGUAACAAAAUAAAGAACUACACUGUAAUUAUAAUACCAAAGGCUAUCGUAUAAUCGGCUUAUCGUUGAUUCGCAGCCACAGCCUUGAUUUGUAUACUGCACUGCUUCUGGAUUGAAAAAAAAAGCCGAGGCGGCUAAAGGCCGCGUUAUUAAUGAUGUCGGGCGGGGUGUAUCGCGGCCGCGUGCGCCGUGUAUUUCAUUCUGGUGGCGAAACCGCGCCUAUAUAUAUGUAUACAAUAUGGCGAAUCGAUAGCUGCAUGGGAGUCGGAUUCGAGCCGAGAGUCUGGCGGCACGUGUCGAUGGGUUAUCAUUUGAUUUCUUGAGAGGAGGGAUGGUAUUCAUUUAGCGAUCGUUUCGCCUUUUAUUUAUCACCUCGGUCGGGCUCGCACGCUACGUUGUCGGAAAUUACGAUCGGCUACAUAGCGAUUUCUCUUUUUUUGCCUUCCGCGGAGGUCCGAGCUUUCUCUCGUUGUAUAGUUUCUUUUUUAUAUUCGCUCAUUUAUAUUUAUAUGUUACAGUUAUGCAGCUGCUCGGUAAUACUUUAAUUUUAUUAUUUUUUUUUCAAAUGUGGGUAAAAUAAUCAAAUUUAUUCUGUCUGCUGACCCCGGUUUGAUUCCUAGACGCGGUUGGUGUACGAUUUGUAUUAUAGAUAGACAAAUAUCGAAAUAGUUGAUACAUUCGUGUCUUCAGGGGUCAAAACGGGGGUCUACAAUCGAACGAUAUAACGUGUACUACAGUAGUUUACAUGAUACAGAAUCCGUAAUCGAUCACAAACGCGAAUAGAAAAACAAAUAACAAUUUGUUAUGCGAGCGAUUUGUGAAAUAAAUAACACGUCAUCCGCGAUCUAAAA